AUGUUCAGAAUAUCAGCUUCCACUUCGACCUCUGCACGCCUGCUCGCUCAACAGGUACGAGCUCGGCAUCUGAAUACCGUUGCUUCAGAAGUAGAUGUUCGUCCUCGUCUUAUGGCUGAGCUCAAGAAUGCCAUGAAGACCAAAGAUACUAUGGCUUCCACAACUAUCCGGUCGGUACUUUCGGAAGUCUAUGCUGCGGACAAAACCUCCUCGGAUUCUAGGGCCAGUCCUUCGGCGGUCCUGCUUCUCCUUCGAAAGGCUGUGGCUCGUCGGACCGAAUCAGCUGCCCAGUUCAUACAAGCUUCACGACCUGAUCUUGCCGAGAAGGAGCAACAAGAGGCUGAGCUGCUGACCAAGUUUCUUCCAGCUCUGAUGCCUGAAGGUGAUGUGGAUGACAUACUCAAGGGUAUAUUGGCCAGCGAGGGACUCAUCACUCCCGGGGCCGAUCCUCGCAAAGCGACAGGAAAACUGUACAAGGCAUUCUUCGCUCGUGUGGAUCGUUCGCUUGUAGAUCAGGACAUCCUCAAGCGCCGCAUUGAGGCAGCCUUGGCUGCGUAG